GGCCGAAAUGUUGUGCUCCCUGUUUUGUCAGUGUUUAUUUGAUCGACGCACACAAUUUUACACCAACGCUCUCACACAAGCGACAUUAAUUUUAACAUAAAUUUACAAACCUUUAUAUAUAAGUCAGUAUGGGAGACAAGCCUUUGAGAGUGCUCGUUUGUGGUGACGUCGAAGGAAGAAUAAAUGCUUUGUUCAACCGGGUGAACGCCAUUCAGAAAAAGAGCGGGCAGUUUGAUUUGUUACUUUGUAUUGGUGACUUUUAUGGAACUUCACCCGAAGCAGAAGCAGAAUGGGAGGCAUACAAAUCUGGUGCAAAAAAGGCACCCAUCCACACAUACAUUCUCGGGGCAGCUAGCCAAGAAACAGUGAAGUAUUUCCCAAGCUCUGAUGGCUGCGAGUUGGCGGAAAACAUCACAUGUUUGGGUCGAAGGGGCAUUUUUACGGGGGCAUCGGGGCUUCAGAUCGCUUAUGUCAGUGGCAGAGAAGCUCAUCAGGAACCUGCUCCCUCACACUGCUUCACUCCUAAAGACAUCACUGCUUUGGUCACCCCGCUGCUUUCUAACUCUAAGUUUCGAGGAGUUGAUAUUCUCCUGACCUCACAGUGGCCUCGAGGAGUGUGGCAGUAUGGAAACAGUCCCGAUACUGAUACAAAGUUUUGUGGGGUUUCGUCCAUCGCUGAUCUCGCUGACAAGCUGAAGCCUCGAUACCAUUUUGCGGGACUGGAAGGGCUACAUUAUGAGAGGCUGCCAUACAGAAAUCAUGUGGUACUUCAAGAAAACGCCCAGCAUGUCAGUAGAUUCAUCGCCUUGGCAACAGUCAACAAUCCUGCUAAAAAGAAGUACUUGUAUGCGUUCAACAUUGUCCCAAUGAAAAACAUGGACCCCACAGAGUUAGUCAAACAGCCUCAGGAUGUGACAGAGAGCCCGUACAGGAAACCAACGAAAGAGGGGAAGAAAGAAAAACCACCAAGCUUUGUGGCAGAGGCAGAGGAGGAACCAGCAUCGCAGUUCUUCUUUGAUCUGGGUCAGAAGAAACCGCAUCAUCAACAGGGUCAGGGCAGAAAGAGACACUCAGAAGGAGAUAGAGCCAGUCAACCUAAACAGCCCAGAAGACCCCCACAGCCCACUGGACCCUGUUGGUUCUGCCUUGCAAGUCCAGAAGUUGAGAAGCACUUGGUCAUAAGCAUCGGAACACAUUGUUACAUGGCUCUGGCUAAGGGAGGCCUCACUCCAGACCAUGUUCUCCUGCUUCCCAUUGGACAUUAUCAGUCAGUGGUGGAUUUGGCAUCUGAGGUGGUUGAAGAGAUGGAAAAAUACAAGAGCGCAGUCAAGAAGUUCUGCAAAAGCAAAGGCUGCCGGUGCGUCCUGUUUGAGAGGAACUACCGCAGUCAACACCUCCAGCUACAGGUAGUCCCGGUACCCAUGGAGAAGUGUAGUACAGAGGACAUCAAAGAGGCUUUCAUGACACAAGCUCAAGACCAGCAGAUGGAACUGAUGGAGAUUCCAGCUCACACAGACCUCAAGCAGAUUGCUCCUCCAGGAACACCCUACUUUUAUGUGGAGCUGGAUACAGGAGAGAAGCUGUUUCAUCGCAUCAGGAAAAAUUUCCCUCUACAGUUUGGCCGGGAAGUGUUAGCGAGUGAAGCGGUGUUGAACAUCCCCAUGCGUGCUGACUGGAGAGAGUGUAAAUGCACAAGGGAGGAGGAAGAGGAUCUGACCAAACACGUGCGCUCUGACUUCCAGCCAUUCGACUUUGCAAUCGAUGACUGAGUAUACAUGGCAGAUGCAUUCAACUUAAACCCUUCAUGUUCAUUUGUGCAAAACCUUCAUCAACCUCCUGAAUGAGGUCAUUAAGAUGUCUUAGUGAAGUGUUCAUAAUGUUUUUUUUUGUUUGUUUUUUUUUAUCUUUUUAUGCUUUUAAAAUAUUGCACCAUGGACACUUUCCUUGUUUUUUGGUUAGGAAAUGGCUUUUGUCACUGUGUUCAUGAGAUGUUCUUUGUUUUUUAAAUUGAGGCAUGGUGUUGUAUUUGAAUCUCAUAGAUGUUAUGUGUGAAAUUUCUUUUGUGACUUUUGUAAUUAAAGUCAUUUUUCAAGUUUGUUAA